GCCGGCUGACUGAAUGUGCAACCACCGCACACAACUUGUCUCACAGAAGGCGUGUUUUAUCAAAACAAAUAAAGUGGCACAAAUAAAGAGUUCAACCACAAACAAAUAUGGCCGGCGUUCUAUUCGAAGAUAUCUUCAAUGUGAAAGACAUGGAUCCGGAAGGCAAAAAAUUCGAUCGUGUCUCGCGGCUGCAUUGCGAGUCUGAAUCGUUUAAAAUGGAUUUGAUACUCGAUAUUAAUUCAUGGUUAUACCCCAUGGAAUUAGGUGAUAAAUUCCGCUUGGUGCUGGCUACAACUUUGCGAGAAGACGGCUGUCCGGACAGUGGCGAAUUUAACCCGCUGGAACAGGAAGGCACACGUGCGGAUAGCUUCGAAUAUGUUAUGUUUGGAAAAGUGUAUCGAAUCGAAGGCGAUGAAGCUCAUAAUGAAGCGUCUUCCAGAUUAUCAGCGUACGUUUCCUUCGGUGGCCUGCUGAUGCGUCUACAAGGUGAUGCCAACAACUUGCACGGCUUUGAAGUUGAUCAACAAAUGUACUUGCUGAUGAAAAAGUUAGCGUUUUGAUUGGCAGGGUUGCUGGAUGAGCGUAGAGUUUGUACUUGUGUGUAUUUGUAAAGCGUAGUUUUUAAUAAAUCUUAAUACUGUACAAAUA